CACACUUAUGGCGGCGCGCUGUGUAGUUCCGGAUUUGUCUGAAGACUGUGUUGAAAGCGUCUAGUUUGGACUUUUGGCGUAUUUUUUCAACCAACUUAAAUUUACCAGAAGGACUAUUAAGCCUUAUGCGAUUGUUCUCAAAUUACCUCACGUGAGGGCUAACUUAUACUUGCGGCCGAUUGCCAGCAAAUGCUACUCGUAUGGAUUCUUCGCUUUCGUUUUUAUUCACGGUUUAGCAGCUAGGCUAUUUUUUAAAUGGUAUUUUUUCAUUCAUUUUCAGGAAGGUUUUGUGGUGUUCGUGGGAUUUAAACUGACAUCAAGGUUGCCAUUGGCCUGUGUCUUUAGCCCGACCUGCAGGUUCAGGUUCUGGAGGGAGAAACCUGGGGUCCCGACUCGCUCGGGAUUUAGCCUAUACCGCUAUUUGUGACUGUUUAAGUGACAGUCAACAUGCUGAAAACCCGUCAGUGCUUACUUGGUUUUCGCACUUUCCUCGCAGUGACGUCUAGAAUAUGGGGUUUUUUUCUCUAUAUACUCAGGAGACACUUACGGACGAUAAUACAGUACCAGACAGUGCGAUAUGACACAUUACCUCUGUCUCCUGUGUCCAGAAACCGACUCAAUUUGUGCUCAUCAGACGCGGUAAAGAAGAAGGUUCUUGUGCUGGACUUGGACGAGACCCUAAUCCACUCCCACCAUGACGGUGUAAUGAGGCCCACAGUGAGACCAGGCACUCCGCCAGACUUCAUCCUAAAGGUGGUUAUCGACAAACAUCCUGUCAGAUUUUUUGUACAUAAAAGGCCACAUGUGGACUUCUUCUUAGAAGUGGUUAGUCAUUGGUACGAGCUGGUGGUUUUCACUGCCAGUAUGGAAAUAUAUGGCUCUGCUGUGUCUGACAAGCUAGACAGGGACAGGGACAUCCUGAAACGACGAUACUACAGACAGCACUGCACGUUGGAUCUGGGUAGCUAUAUUAAAGAUCUAUCUGUGGUACACAACGAUUUGUCUAGUAUAGUUAUCCUGGACAACUCACCCGGAGCUUACCGCAGCCAUCCUGACAAUGCAAUACCCAUCAAAUCGUGGUUCAGCGACCCAAGCGACACAGCCCUUCUAAACUUGCUACCCAUGCUAGACGCGCUGAGGUUCACCUCUGAUGUCCGGUCCGUCCUCAGUCGAAACCUACACCAGCACCGACUAUGGUGAAUUGUACAUUGGGGCUAGCCACAGCAGUUCCACUUCCUUUUUUUUAGAAUGCCUUUUCUGCUGGUUGUUGCACGACCCCUCCUGCCCCCUUCUGCUCUGCCCACGUCUUCCCUAUCUCAAUGGAGUUACCCUUUUUCAGAAGGGGGAGGAUAAAGACUGGGGGUCACAAAAUGCUUGGAGGAGAUGGGUGGGCUGCAGAUAAAGAAAACAGGAAAACAAAGAAGAGAGGGACAUCUUUCUUUUACUUUUUCCUGAAAUGGAAACUUGCCUUACGGUCCUUGUAUUCUGGAAGUGCAUGUCUGGAGUGUUUGUGUAAGUGUGUGUGAGAGUAUGCUUGUAUUAGUAUUUUUUUUCUUUUUUAUUGAGAUCAAAUAUGAAAUCUUUUUAACUAUUGACUAUGGAAAUACUGACGAAAUUAGACUGAAGAAACAAAUCUCCCUUUCCGCCAUAAAAUCAUAUUAUGGUUUAUGCAUGUAGAACUCCACUUUUUCAAAUACAAUGAUCUUGACCUGUCUAGAAUAAUUUCUUUACAUGUCUACAUUUCUUGCUUUUUCCUUUUACCAUCUCAGGUAACUUUCUUUUUUCUUUGGUUCUGGAGGUUCGGUAAAGAUAGAAAAGCAACUAAAUAACCAAUCAUCAAGCCUAAAUAUUUCUGAACAUUCACAUUGGAAAGAGAUGAAUUAGGUAAUUCAGGUUGGCAAUUUCUUUAAGUUGUUAAAAUGUGUGGCUUUUUACAAGGUUAUGUGAUAUAAUGGAAAUUGCGUCCAUUUAUUCUCCCCAAAUAAUGUAUUGUUUUGUGAUCUACCAGUAGAAGUGAAAAACAGUGGAUAGGGAAGUAUGAUUUGAAACUCUUAACCAACCAAAGAACAGUUGGUUUGGGUUUCUUUUCAUUACCUCAUUAAGCUUUUAUAUUCAUGAACAAUGUUCUUCUUAGACUUUUAUAGAUUGAUUAAAACCCUUUUUCUUUCAACCAUGUACACUGUAUGAUUUUUGUCACUGUAACCUCAACAUCCGGCCAUAUUGACAACUAAAUGCUAAGGCUUUAGUGGGAUUCUCCGUCAGCCAGACAAGUCGGUCAGUGUCUCCAAUAAAAUGAUUUGCUUCAUACUCCUCUUUUACAGACAUUUAGUUCAUUAUUGUUGUCCCACAUUUCCUUUAUUACGCUGCAUUCCACGUGAUUCUUUUAAGUAUUUUAGAAUUAUCUGAAAAAGCUUUGGUUGACAUGGAUGACACCUAGGUUUGUUGAACACAAUAAAUGAUUGUACAUUUAUUUAUUAUUAAAUGAAGACUGAAUAUA